AUGUCAGAGAUUACGGAGAAUGGAUCACCCAUAGACAGUAACCGAUUUUGUGGGUCAAACAAUACGGCGCUUAUGCGCAGUGAGGAUAAUUUGAUGAUGAACGCUGAAGAGUACAAAAAGAUCGUUUUAUUCCAAAGAUAUUUAAACAAACCUAUCGUCAGAGCUGCGGGGCCGAUUGGAAAAGAUUCUUCGACGGAGAUCAUUGAUGUGAAAAAACUGUCUCAGAAUAGUGCAACGGGAAUUCAGUAUGUUGAAAUUAUCGAUGCGGAAGGUCGCCUGAUUUGCCUAAAUAAGCUGGUGACCACUCCUUGCUGGUUAAAAAUCAUCGAAUUUGCAAAUGACUGUCAAGCCUGUAACGUGCUUUUAAUGACUACAGCCGAAGGAGUAAUACUGAAAACGAUAAGGGACAUAACUCCCGGUGAACCACUGUUGAUGUGGUUUACCGAAUAUAUUCUCGCUAUGUUGAAUAUACCAUUCUUGUCACCAUGUAACAUACAAGAUCAGACUCGCUACAUUUGUCACAUAUGCAACAACUUGUUCGAGUUCCCAAAUCCUUUGAAGAUACAUUUAGCCCUAAAGUGCAAUCGACUGGACAAUAGUCAUCUCUGGACGUUACUAAGCAAAGAGUUCAACAUGUCGCCGAGACCAAGCUUGUCUCUCAACCUGUUCCCCAAUCCGACUUUCAAAUUCGAACUGACCAAAUUGCCGCAAGCUCCGCCUGCCAGGGUAUCACCGAUCACGAUAAAAACCAUAGAUAAUACCGCUCAGCUUGGAAAUAGCAAUCCAUCGAAGUGUUCCGAUCGACCCUCUCCAUCCUCUUCAAAUGCGCUAUCUUUUAAUUCUUCAUCCACGCAAAUUUCACCAAGCAUAUCGACAAGAGAGCCGUCUAUAACGAAAGAUACACUUCAUCGACAGUCUGCUUUCCAGCCAUACUCAAAUCAAAGCAACUUCCUUAAGAAAAUCUAUCCACUAACAAAGAACGAGACUGUUUUAACGCCCUACAAUAUGCAAACGACUGCCGCACCGAUCAGUACCGACGUCCAUGCAGCACAAGUGGAAACCAUAGUCAGCAAUCUCGGUAAAUCGAAGCAAGGACACCUCUGCAUUUAUUGUGGAAAGGUUUAUUCGAGAAAAUAUGGUUUAAAAAUCCACAUCAGAACCCAUACCGGUUACAAACCCUUAAAAUGCAAAUAUUGCCUGCGACCAUUCGGAGAUCCUAGCAAUUUGAAUAAACACGUACGGCUACACUCGGAGGGCGAAACACCAUACAGGUGUGACUUAUGUGGAAAAGUUUUGGUCAGAAGGAGAGAUCUUGAGAGGCAUUUAAAAUCGAGACACCAAGAAAACAUAAUCGAUAGUACGGAUACUUCGUCUGAUGGUGCUGACGUUUAAGUAGAAAAAGAGGAGAUAUUACACGCUGCAAUAGAACUCUAAUCAUCUUUGACGUCAGAAACAAUUUGCUCGUAUAUAGUUAUAAACAGAAUUCCCCGUGAACGUCAUUUAUUUUAUAAAUUAUCGUCGAAGCUGACGCACUAAUAGGAGAGCUGGUUUCCUUAUAACAAAUUUUAUAAUCAAAAAUUAAUUAUCUUUUUAAUAUUCGAAAUAGUUGUAAAUAUUU